AUGGGUGAAGCUAUACGGGAACCAUGGCAAGAGAUAGCCGCUCGUAAACAAGCAGAGCGAGUAUCCAAGCUUCCAUCUGAAUGGCUCAUACCAAAACCACUGCUUCCGCCGACUGAGCAGAGCUUUGUGCAAGAUUUUCCAACAAGUUCGGGCUUCUUCACAGAUAAGGAGCUUCUAAUCACAGAGUCUACAGCAUCCGAGGUUGUUGGCAAGAUCGCGACGGGGGAGUGGACGGCACUUGAAGUCACAAAGGCUAUCUGCAAGCGAACAGCAGUGGCUCAACAGCUAAUCAACUGCGUGACUGAGAUCUACUUCGAACAAGCAUAUACUCGAGCGACGGAGUUAGACGAUUACUUCAGGCAGCAUGGCACGACAGUUGGGCCACUCCACGGAUUGCCUGUCUCCUUGAAGGAUCAAUUCAACUUGAAAGGGGUGGACUCGACGAUUGGUUAUGCGAGUUGGGCCGGGAAACCCAUCGCGGAAGAGUCUACCUUAGUCAAGCUUUUGCGUGAUGCUGGGGCAAUAUUCUACGUCAAAACCAAUGUUCCUACCACUCUGAUGAUGGGUGAAUCAGUCAACAAUUUGUUUGGUCGCACUCUGAAUCCCCGCAACCGGCAACUCACAACCGGGGGCUCUUCAGGCGGUGAGUCAGCCCUGGUCACUUUCAGAGGUAGCUUCAUUGGAGUUGGGACAGACAUUGGAGGUAGCAUCAGGCAUCCAGCAUCAUAUACAGGGCUAUAUGGCUUACGACCUGCUCACGGCCGUGUCUCUUACCAACAAGUAACCAACACAUUCCUUGGGCAAGAGGCCGUCCGCUCGUGCGCUGGACCCAUGUGCCGUUCACCCGAGGACAUUCGGCUCUUCAUGUCUAGUCUCGCAGCACAGCAGCCGUGGCUACAUGAUCCGCAGAUUGUGCCUCUUCCUUGGAGACCGGAAGAAGAGAAGCUGCCCGAGAAGCUAUGCUUUGGUUUUGGGAUGGGCGACGGAUACGUAACUCCUUCCCCCCCGUUACGCAGAGCCAUGGAGAUCACCAAGUCAAAGCUUAUAGAUGCCGGCCAUACAGUGAUCGACUUCAUCCCGUACGAAACCAAGGAAGCUUCGGAGAUAAUCGGCAAGAUGUGGACAGCCGAUGGUGGUGAAGAGAUUAGAAGGGACAGUGGCGCGACGGGUGAACCGCUACCACUGAACGCAGAGAAGUACUACGGGCCUUCCAACACUUCGCUUAAGCCAAUGACGGUCUUCGAGACCUGGCAGAAUCAGCACAAGAAGUCUCUUCUAGCCCAAAGCUUUCUUGAAAGGUGGCAACGGACAGUCGACGAGACAGGCACUGGUCGGCCAAUUGAUGCCCUCAUCACACCCAGUACGCCAUUCCCAGCAAUUCGACACGAUAAUCCGUACAAAUGGAAUUACGGGGUCCUAUCUCCUCUUUUAGAUCUCACCACAGGAGUAUUUCCCGUGACCAAAGUGAAUUUGGAGAAAGAUCGUGUCCCAGCUGAUUGGAAGCCCAUAUCUGAUAAGGAUAAGGAGCUGAUGGAGUUUUACGAAAAGCCAGAAAAUCACGAGAACGCGCUUGUUGGGCUUGCUUUGAUUGGAAGGCGACUGGAAGAAGAGAAAGUCACCGCGCUACUUCAAGUCAUGAAGGAUGUUGUUGGGAUCGACUACUAA